GCGCGGGCCGGCGCCUCAGAAGGACACGGCUCCGGGGCCGGCGCAGUGGCCGCACAGCCGAGCCCUUAGGCGCCCGCCCGCGCUCUGGCUCCCGGGCCCGCCCGGCCGGCUGACCCCCGCCGCGAUGCCUUAGGGUCCCCUGGGCCAUCCGGAGGAGUCAGUCCCAGCCGCCAGCAGUUCCAAGCAGCGCACAUGCACCCGGUGGGCUCCCGCUCUGCCUCCGGCUCCUGCUGACGCACCUGGGAACCCCGUCCCCCAGCCUCCCCACCCGACGUCCUGGUCUGCAGCCCCCCUACCUGAGCCAUGGAGGCCCCCGAGGUCCCCGUGGGCUCGCUGAUUGACUUUGGGGCCGAGCCAUCUGCUUCCUUGCCGCUGGAGGCGCCGCCCCCGAAGCUGCAGGAUGGGGAUAGCUCCCCCGGAGAGGGAGCCUCGGAGAGCGAGACCACGGAGUCCGCGGACAGCGAGAACGACAUGGGCGAGUCUCCCUCUCACCCGUCCUGGGGCCAGUACCGCCGCUCCUCCUCCAACGAGUCCUUCUCCUCCAACCAGAGCGCUGACUCGGCCAAGGAUGAGGAGCUGCUGGAGCUCCGUGAGUUCAUGCGCAGCUACGUGGAGAAGAUCUUCUCUGGAGGGGAGGACUUGGACCAGGAGGAGAAAGCCAAGUUUGGCGAGUACUGCAGCAGCGAGAAUGGGAAAGGCCGGGAAUGGUUUGCCCGGUAUGUGAGCGCCCAGCGCUGCAACUCCAAGUGCGUCUCAGAGCCCACCUUCUACCGCCUGGUGCAGUCCUUCGCGGUGGUCCUGUUCGAGUGUCACCAGAUGGAUGACUUCGGGCCCGCCAAGAACCUCAUGACCAUGUGCUUUACCUACUACCACGUCGGUAAACCGCACCUGCUCCCCACGGAGUCCAAGGAGAAGCCGACUGGGAGCAUCGACUCCUACCUGAAGUCAGCCAACAGCUGGUUGGCGGAAAAGAAGGACAUUGCUGAGCGGCUGCUGAAGAACACGUCGGCCAAGACGGAGAACGUCAAGGGCUUCUUUGGGCUGGAGACCAAGCCCAAGGGGCCCCCAGUCAGGAGGAGCGAGGAGGAAGAGGGCAAACCCCAGGAGAAGCCACGGAAGACGGUGACUGUGUGCAGCCCGGAAGAGGAGAGGAAAGGAGAGAAGAUCUACCUGUACACACACCUGAAACAGCAGCCCAUCUGGCACACACUGAGGUUCUGGAAUGCAGCUUUUUUCGAUGCCGUCCACUGUGAGAGGAGAAAGCGGUCUCCCACGACCAGAGGGGAUGCUGGAGAGGAGGAGAAGAAGAGGGAGCGGUGGUGCCACAUGACCCAGGAGGAGCGGGACGACAGCCUGCGGUUCAACGAGAACAUCACCUUCGGGCAGCUGGGCACAUUUACGCACAACAUGCUGGCGUUCGGGCUGAACAAGAAGUUGUGCAAUGACUUUCUGAAGAAGCAGGCAGUGAUCGGCAACCUGGACGAGGAGCAGUACAAGCUGCUGAGCGACCACAUCGAGCAGAUGGCCACCGAGUAGGCCACAGGAGGUGGCCCGAGACGCCCCUAGGAGGACUGCAGCUGGCUGUCACCCCCUCUGCAUGACAUCGGCAGCACCUAUGCCGCCCUAGAACUAGCGGUUAGAAGAAUCUGGUUGCCCGUCCUCCCCGCCUCCCUCUGCCUGUGUCUGCUCCCCACCUGCGUGCCAAAGUGCCCCUGGGAUUACACAGCUAAAACCGAGGUGACUGUCCAUACCCCCGAGUGGCAGGCCUGCGACCUGGGACUGAGGGGGCACAAGGAAGGAUGCUGGGUCCCAGGCGGGCACGUGUCCAUCACAGCCUCCUGCUGAGAAGAUGGGGAGUGUGGGAAGGUAGGGAAGGACAGAUGUGAGCUGGCACAUGUCAGUCCCAUGCCAGUGACAUGGGGCAGUUGGGAGUGAGGAUCUGGGGCCCUCCCUGCAGGGCGGGACUGGGUUCCUUCCACAGCCAAGCAGAGCGGAGGUGGCCUCUGAGUGUCAAUCUGGGCUGGUACUGGGUCUCCUUUCUGUGUGACAGGAAGCUCCAGGAGGAGAGAGACACCCUCUGUUUCAGGGCAGUAGAGAGUCCGAGGCAGUGGAUGGCUUUCUUGGCUGCAGACGUCCCAGCCACAGUCAGGGGUGUGGGGUUCCAGGGACGUCACAGCUCCAAGUGGCUGUGUUGGACCCACGCAGCCCUCAGGUGUCUGUGUGAAGCAUCUGAGAUGUUCCUGGUCAGCUGACCGCUUGCUUCUGGGGCAGAGAGACUUCCACCACUCGCUCCCUGGGGCCUUCUUCAUCUGGCCAUGAUGAAGCCCAGAAAAGAGAAUUUUCUUCAGUAGCUUCAAGACAUCUGCCCUUUCUAAAAGCAAACAGUGCUGCUCUUUAUUUUUAAAAGACAGAAAAAUCUGUGUCAGUUACAGGCAUCGUGGCCCAGGUGGCUUCUGGUGGGGACUGUGCGAUUCGCAGGGUCAGGCUCCGGGGCGCUGGCCUUGCGAGGCCGGUGGGGCUCUGUCCUUCUGCUCUAGCCGCCCAUCCCGCGUUCCCGCUCCACCUCCUGCAGUACAACAGACAGGUCUGAGACUCCGCCCAGCAGGCGGCACUUCACAGGUUCCCUCAUGGGGGAUGCCUCCCUGGAAUGUUCCAGAGAAGAGCGAGUGUUGGCUGAGCUGAGCAACGCACGUCCUGGUGAUCAUAAGAGAGGUGAUGGGAAACACGCGGGACUCGAGUGCACUGGUGUGGGAUGUCCUGCCAGGAGGCAGGGAGUGGGGGCUUGGGCUCCAGGAUCCCCACUGUGUUCAUGAUGGCAGGCACACCCUGUGUGCGUGUGUGUGCGUGUGUGUGUGUGUGUGUGUGUGUGUGUGUGUGUGUGUGUAUGCUGGCAGUCUCUCUGGCCACAUCUCUAAACAAAGCACAGUCAUGUGGCUGGUUUGCCUGUCCUAUGUGGGGGUAGGUCACGCCAGCUGGAAACCGGCCCAGUGAUCGGAUAUGUCUCUCCUGAAUGCAGUUCAGAGAAAUAACAUCCAGCUCACGAGUGUGCAGGCCCUCCUCCAGUGCCUCCUAGAGGCGAUGCUGCUCCUCCUAAGAUGUUCAGCAACCCCCUGAUGCUCUGUGCUGCCCCUCAUUGAAGUCAGGGCCAUGCCCAGUGAGCAGCUUGUCUGAGGCCCUUGAAGAGCCAUCUCUCCACUGCGUGUCAUUGGCUUUCUUAGUUUUUUCUUAGUGGUUAGUUGAAAUGCAUUAACAUUUUAUUCUAAGGUGCCCAAAAGACUUAUCCUUGUAUAUAUAUGAUUUGUGUAGAACUGUGAUUCACUCUGAUUUCUGGAGGAAGACAGUAGCUUCCGGGUCUUUCCAGGGGUGCUGGGGAGUGGAGGGGUCUUUCCCCCUGGGUGGGGCGGGAGGACCCACGCAAACCAGGAAGGAAAUGCAGCUUUGACUUCUCUGGGCUUUUCCAAGCACUUUCACUUCAGGAUGAUCCUGAGACCUUUUUUUUUUCCCCAUAUAGGUUUCUUGCAAUAGCAGUUGAAGGUAGAAACAAGGGUGGCUUUGGGUCUUUUCCCCUCCCCUUCUUCAUAUAUUAAUAGAUCUAACUCCUGAGAGAGUAAGUCUGACCCCAAAACUGCUGCCAAAACGCUGAGCCCCAUGAGGGGACACCACCAGAGACCACGGGCCUCACGGAGUGGCAGACGUCAAGGUGACUGGGAGGCUGCUCUGCUGUCUCCUCUUGGUGACUGUCUUUGUCUGAGCAUGUCACCUCAGGGUGUCUGGCCAGUAUCACCCAGAGGAGGCACAGUGUCCCUAGCAGAAGCUGGCCGCUUGCCUCGCUCACACUUCCUCUCUGUGACUUGAUCUUCCCUGUGAGGCCCGGCCAGAGCAGAUAGCCCCAGGCGGGUGCUCAAGAGGUGCCAGCGUGUGCAGAAGUCUCACCCACCGCAUGCCUAGGAGGCUCUGCAGAAAGCGCUCUGCUGGCCCUUCCUGUACACUCAGGGACUUCCUGUAGACUUAGGCUCAGGGCAGGAAGCAUCGGGUCGCAUCCACAGGAGAGUUCCCCAUCCCAGCAUGUUCAGCGUUCCAAGCCGGAGCUUCAAAGGCCUGUGUUAGCAAUGACAUGGCGGGCCUCCUGCUGUCUGCCCUUCAGGGCUCUGUGAACGUAAUGAGCCCAGACAGCUGAUUCUCCCAAGUGAAAAGUACCCUGCUUUGCAAACAGGAUGCUGUUGAGAUGUAGCUUUGUGUGUCUUCAGCCUUUGUUAGAGUUCUAACAAUAUUGAUAGGUGUUUAAGCUGCUGCAAGAGGGACAUGCUAACAUUCAGAUUUUAUCUGCUGUGUGUGCAUGUUUAACCAAAGGCAGAAGAACCAAGUUCUGAUACUGUAAUUUAUUUGUACAGUGAAAUGAAGUAGACCGUGAUUUUCCUAUUGCCAAAAAAAAAAAAAAAAAAAAAAACAGGCCAAGUAGCUCUUAAUUUACCAAAAGGAGGACUAGAAAGAGAGUUCAAUUUCUGAGAUUUGUGCUCCAGUGAAACCUCAGAGGGUCAAGGUCACAGGUGAGCCCAUGCUGGGUCAAGGAUGGAGACCCAAGGAUGGAGUUCACAACGCCGCCUGACCUCUUUCCUCCUUCCCGGAGCCAGGGCUCACCUGUCCCUCCCCAGUUAGAUGGUGACGUCCACUGCUGUGGAGAGAAGGUGGCAGCCUUGAGGUGUGUUUUUCUGCAGGCUGUUUUAAGUGGGUUAAUUUAUCACCCAGAGCACUGUAUCCCAGCCUCCUGAUGUGAGAAAAAGGUGUGUUCACACCACAAAGGAGUCUGUCAGGGAUUUUGUUGAACCCAGGUGACCACAACCAGAAGUCAGGGCCGCAGCUUUGAGCCUGACCUCCCUGGGUUUCACUGAGGCCUGACCGGUUGGCUUUUCAGUUAAGGAGCAUCUGGCAGGCCCAUGUGUGUGGUCAGAUAAGCUAUGUGGCCAAAUUACCUACAACUUGAGACAGCUGGGAAGCCAGGGGGCAGAGUCAUUUACCAGAGGAGUGGGGACACUGGGAAGGAAGGGGCUGGGGAAGGGCCCUGCUGCAGCCUCGGGGGAGGGGGCAGCAGCUGGGCCAUCCCAGGCUGGUCACCCCGCUGGCUACUCACUUCUUCAGCCAGGGACAGAGCUGCGGGUUUGGGGGUCCACUGCCCCAGGGUUCUUCUUGUUCCCCCACCGACAGCCUUUUAAUUCCCUUGAGCCGCGGCUCCUACCACUCAGAGGUCUCCCCCCAUCUUCCUGUAUACUGUUUAUUUCUUUUUAUGACUGUCAAGGGUGAGAGCUGCUUGACAAGCUUUUGACUCUCCCCCCUCCCCACUGCCCCCUUCAGGGGAAUGGUGUUGGCGACAGUUUCCCUAUUUGGCUGGUGUGUGACGCUCAGACCUGGGCUGGAGCCCAGCCUUGCUCAAGCCACAUGCCACGGUACCUCCCUGUGGCCACAUGGCCAGGAGCAGGGCUGUGAGGGUUAUCCAGAUAGCAGACGGGGGGAGCAUUUCCAGAUGGUUCCCAUCCAGGGGUACCCAUCCAGGAGCAUCAAGAUGCUCCUCAUGGCUCCGCAGGCCUGUUCUGCCGCCAUCUCCCUGCUGUCCCUCCCCAGGCAAGCGCCUCAGACGGUCUGCCUUGUCCCUAGGUGGCCUGGCUCUGGCCUGUGUCCCCAAGUCAGCUGGUCAGUCUGAGCUUGAGACGAGCGGAGAGCUGGGGAGAGGACCCUCCCCUUGGCUGUGUCCCCAGGAUUCAGGGGGGCCCUGUUCCUGCUGUAGAGUUCUCAGUCAGAACAGUCUGGGUUUGCUGUGUUCCCAUCACUUCUCACAGGAUCUCUGUGCAGGCGGGGAUGACCUGCAUCCUGACAUGUCCUGCAGGGUCAGACCAGGGUGCUGUUUCCCAUCACCCUCCUGAGUGGUGUGCUGAGCUCAGAGGAGGGCUCCUGCUGGUGAUGCCCCUUGGACCCUUAGAGGGGCUACAUCUGUCCUCUCCUUGGUCCAGGAUGAUACGCUUAUGGAAACAGUGCUCAGUGGGCUUUGUUCCAAUGCAUGGGCCCCACAUGAGGGCCCUGGUCUGUCCCUGUGCUGGAGGCUUAGAGUCCCAUGGACACCUUGAGAAGGACAGGCCAACUGAAGGAGAUGCUCAUACUCAGAUGGCAGGCCCUUCCCCUUAAAAUGUGUUGGUGAGAGAGCUUCGUGGCCCUAACCAUGGCCUCUGGGCUGCAGGAGGGUCUCCCACGUGCUUUCCCUGUUUCUCUCCAACCCGUUAGUCUUGGACCCAAACAUCCCAUUGGCCACUUCCACACAUUGCCCUUAGUGACCCAGAAAUCAGGGUCAGUGAUUCGAGUGUGUUGUAUAUAUGGUUUCUCAGUCUUAUAUCCCAUGAGAUUAUGUUCUACAAACUGUGUUUUCAGGUGGAGAAAGUUUAAGAUUGAGCUCUCAAAACCGCGCUAAAAUCAAAGCUGUUUCCUGUGAAGAAAAAAAAAGUCCAUAUAUCGCACCUCAGAUUGUCAGAAGGUGGAAACUGAAAUAAAUUAUCUCUAAAAAGGAA